AGCCACAGGUUCCUCCAGAGCCUGGGUGAGAGAACAUCGGUGAACUGUCUUUUUACAGACACUGCCAUCAGGGGGGGGAGGGAAGGGCACAAGCCACCUGGAGUGUUAUCGUCCCCUUCUUGGACUUAAGAGACAACAGAUGCAAUGGACUGGCUUCCUUACAGAACAGCUGCUGUGCUGUUCAUUUUAAUGGUGUCCCUGGAGUUCAGCACUAGCAGUUUUCAUGUUGAGGUGAAAGAAUGGAAUGAAAAAGGUGGGGAGAGAUGGAAAACAUAUCGGAGGCAGAAACGAGAAUGGAUUAAAUUUGCUGCAGCCUGUAGGGAAGAAGAAGAUAAUUCAAUGAGAAACCCAAUUGCCAGGAUCCGAUCCGAUUGCGACAAAGAUCAACCAAUUCGAUAUAAAAUAACUGGAGUGGGGAUUGAUCAGCAUCCCGUUGGAGUAUUUGUCAUAAAUCAAAAGACUGGAGAAAUUAAUAUAACAAAAAUUGUAGAUCGAGAGGCAAAUCCAGAGUUUACUAUUAACUGUUUUGCUAUCAAUGCUAUCACUGAACAAUCUGUGGAAACAAAACUUGAACUUCGAGUUCGAAUUCUGGAUAUAAAUGACAAUCGACCAAUAUUUACGCAAACCAUGUUUUCAGGGUCAAUAAUAGAAAGCAGCAUGGAAAAUACAUUGGUGAUGAAAAUAACAGCUACAGAUGCAGAUGAGCCAAAUAAUUUGAAUUCCAAAAUUGCCUUCAAGAUUGUGAGUCAGACUCCUUCUGGUCCAUUCAAGUUUAUUUUGAACACAGAGACUGGAGAACUGCACAUUGCAAAUGCCCUUGACAGAGAGGAACAAAGUAAAUACACUCUAGUGGUGAGAGCCUCAGACAGGGAUGGAGGUCCAGGUGGAAUAUCAUCCGAAUGUUUAUGUCAGGUUACCGUUGAAGAUGUAAAUGAUAACUUUCCAAUGCUUUCACAGACCUCGUAUUCAGUAUCAAUAAUGGAAAAUUCACUCAGUCAAGAGCUGCUGAGGUUACAAGUAUUUGAUGCAGAUCAAGAGGGUACAGAUAAUUACUUUGCAGAGUUUUACUUUAUCUCUGGAAACGAACAAGGCAAUUUUGAAAUCAUACUUGACCAACAAACUAAUGAAGGUAUCCUGAAGGUUGUAAAGGAAAUUGAUUUUGAACAAUUUUCAAGCAUACCUCUGAGUAUUCGUGUGCAGAACAUCGCUCCUUUCCAUUCUUCAAUAUCUUCUCAAUAUCAAGCUCAAGCUACCCAAAUUACGGUACAAAUAAUCAAUGUUCUUGAAGGACCAACUUUUAGACCAAGUAAAAUGUCUGUUACUGCAUCUGAAGGCUUAACAAGUCAAAAUAUACUCACACAUAAGGUUACAACGGUCCAAGCCAUCGAUCAGGAUACUGGAAAAUUUGCAACCAAUGUCCGCUAUCAGAUGGGACGUGAUCCAGCUGCCUGGUUUAAUGUCAACCCAACAACUGGCCAGGUGACUUUUAGCAAAGUGAUUGAUCGGGAAUCCAUCUUUGUAACCAACGGGGUAUACACAGCAGAGGUGCUAGCUAUUUCUAGAGACAGUCCUUUCGGAACAGCCACUGGUACCAUUGUGCUUACAAUUCAAGAUAUCAAUGAUAACUGCCCAGUUGUAACAAAUGAAAUCAGACGAGUGUGUGUACAAAAUCCAUCAGUAGUAAUCACAGCUAAUGAUCUAGAUGGUAAUCCAUAUGGACCACCUUUUAAAUUUUCCAUAGUGGCUCAGUCUCCAGGAAGUUCGUGGGAUAUCAGAAUAGUGAAUGAUACCUCGGCAGCACUAUACUCCAACAAUAUUCAAUUUGUCAUUCAUGAGGUCCAAAUUGAAGUGUCUGACAACAGUGGCAGAAGAUGUGAAAUGCCACUGGUAGUUCCUUUGCAAGCCUGUCACUGUGAUUAUAAUGGAAACUGUGUUGAAUAUGCUACUCAAAGAAUCAAAGUUACUAUUAUUGGUGGUGGUGCAGGUGGUGGAGGAGGAGGAAUGGGUGGUGGUGGUGGUGGAGGAAUGGGUGGUGGUGGAGGAGGAAUGGGUGGUGGAGGAGGAGGAAUGGGUGGUGGAGGAGGAGGAAUGGGUGGUGGAGGAGGAGGAAUGGGUGGUGGUGGUGGAGGAAUGGGUGGUGGAGGAAUGGGUGGUGGUGGAGGAGGAAUGGGUGGUGGUGGUGGAGGAAUGGGUGGUGGAGGAGGAGGAAUGGGUGGUGGUGGUGGAGGAAUGGGUGGUGGAGGAGGAGGAAUGGGUGGCGGAGGAGAUGGUGGUACUGGUGUUGGUACUAGUGUUGGUUCUGGUGUUGGUACUGGUGUUGGUACUGGUGGUACUGGUGGUUAUGAAGGUAGUAUUAAUGGUGGUAUAGGUGGAGGAGGUGUUGGUGGAAGACAAGCAGGUGGAAUAACUGGACUCAGUCCUGCUGCCAUUGGUCUCAUGUUUCUUGGAGGAUUAAUAUUUGUGUUGGUGCCAAUUUUGAUGUCACAGAGUGGCUGUUGUGGCUAUUGUGGAUCUGGUCCUGCUGGUGGAGUUGGGGCUGGAUUUGAGCCUGUACCGGAAUGCACAGAAGGUGCGAUUCACUCAUGGGGAAUUGAAGGAGCGCAGCCUGAAGACCGAGAUGUUUCAAAUAUUUGUGGGCCUGGAAUAAUUAAAGGUAGAGAAGAUUAUGGUGACUCCUCUGAAAUCUGCGCAACGAAGUACCAAGAUAGAGGGAUGGUUGGUACAGGAGUUGAAGAAACAACAGCACUUGGUGCAACUAAAGAAUACGGAACAACCCUUGGUUAUGGGCAGACUUCAGGCUAUGGAACAAUGGGAAGAAAAGAAGCAUUUGGAACAAUUAAAGAAUACAGAGAAAGUGGAGUGAAUAUGGCUUUCUUAGACAGUUACUUUUCUGAGAAAGCGUUUGCCUAUGCUGACGAAGACGAAGGCAGACCUGCAAAUGAUUGUCUCCUGAUCUAUGAUCAUGAGGGUAUAGGCACUCCUGUUGGUUCCAUUGGCUGUUGCAGUUUUAUUGGAGAUGAUUUGGAUGACACCUAUCUGGAUACAUUGGGACCUAAGUUUAAGACCUUGGCAGAAAUCUGCUUGGGUAUAGAAAUUGAACCAUUCCCAGAUGAUAACUCACCUUGGCCAUCUCUGCCUAAUCCAGAUAUUGAUGUAAGCCUGCCACCGCCUGGAACUACCAUUGUUGUCAAUACAUCUUCGACUAUGCCUCCACCUACUGCUGUUGGUGGCACAACAGUUGUUACUGAAAACACUUACACAACAUCUUCUACUGUACAACCUCCGCCAAGGCCUAUACCUGAUCCUAUGGUCCAUGGUAACGUAGUAGUAACUGAAACAUAUACAUCGGGGUCAUCACUGAAACCUCCCACAAUUAACGUUGAUCCUCUGUGUGGAUCAAAUGUUGUGGUAACAGAAAGAGUGCUUGCUCCUGCCUCAGUCACCAAUUUGCAUGGCAUGAUAGAUAUUCCGGAGCUACCUGAUGGGUCAAACAUGGUAGUCACAGAAAGGGUAAUCGCUCCAAAUUCAAGAUUGCCCACCUCUAUGAGCAUUCCCGAUCUGGCUGAUGGGUCCAAUGUAGUUGUGACAGAAAGAGUGAUUCGACCUGCCACCGGCAUGCCAGGCAUUCAUUCUGAGCUAUCCGGUGGACGUAAUGUGGUGGUUACAGAAAGAGUGGUGUCUGGGGCAGGAGGAAUGAGCGGUGGGAUUGGUAGCAUGAGUGGCGUUGGGGGUCUAGGCAGCCUCACAGGUCAAAUGCUUGGUCCUGAUAAUCUCCUUAGUCAGACAAUUGGAUCUGCUUCCCCAGGUACAUCUCGAAGAAGGGUAACGAAGUACAGUACUAUACAGUAUUCAAAUCAGUAAGACCACUUACAUUUAUAAGUUGCUGCAAAGCUCCCCAUUUUUGUUAGAUUUGCCACUGAACAUUGUUUUUAUUAUUAUUUAUACAUAGCAAAUCACACUAAGGAAAAAAAAUGAAUGAUUCUUGUCUGUAAAAGAAUCUCUUAAAGCUAUCCAGUCCAAAAGGAAAUACAGAGGCAAUCUUAAUUCAGGAAAGCUCUGGUACAUUCCCCAUCCCAUCCCCACCCCAAAACUGCAGAAACCACUGGUUAGGCCUUUUGCACAUACUUGUUGUUGAAGAGCAUUGUUAAUCCAUCACACCACCUUCCUACAGUCAUUAAAUGAAAGUCCUCUGUAUUUGCUUGCUGUAUUGCUAUUAUUAUUAAUUUCUUUUUGCCAGCAUGGCCUUAGUGGCUUAUAGGAACAGCCUUAAACACUCACUGAGCUGUUUCAUUCAGUUCUGAAAUUGUUUAUCUUGUUUUAUAACACU